AUGAACACUGUGAAUCAGAGUACCUUCGAGCAGUCGGAUGUCGCAAUGCACGAGGGCGGAGGCAUGACUGCCGAUUCAGGGGAGCCGGUACGGCUGCUCUAUACAAACCUGCAGGAUCCUUCUGGACUCGCAGACCUCCUCCUGGAUGAGAGGGUGGACAUUCGCCUGGUGCGGGGAACUUGCCUGAAAGCGCUUGACCGGAAGAAGCAAACUUUCAUCCGUCGCCAGGAGUUGGAAAACAAUCCCAGCUACCCGGACGCCUUCGUCACGCGCGAAGAGUUACAGAAGUGGAAGCAAGACAGAAAAUAUCGCGACAAGGUUCGGAUCAUUGGCGUCUCUCACGUGUGGGAAACCAGAGAACAUCCUGACCCUAGGGGUCAUCAACUGGCGCUGAUCGCCGGGGCCCAGCGUUGGCACGACCGCUAUCCUUGGUAUUUCUUGGACUACAUGUCGGUAUAUCAGUUCUACCGCACAAGCAUCCAUCAGAACAGAAGUUUUCAAUACACGAUGAUGCACAUGCACUUCUUUUACACACAUGAGUACACAUGGACCUACCGUAUUGAAGACCUGACCCCAUUUGAGGAAGCUGAUCGACAGAGGCAAGUUCAAGUAUUCUUCACCGAGACAGGGAUUCCCGAAGACGGAAAGGUAGAAGUACGGCCUUUUGCAGAUCUCAAGGAGAACUGCACACCCUACUCUCGGCGGGGUUGGUGUGAGGCUGAGAGCCAGUGGUCGAGCAUGCGGAGCAAGUCUCAACAAACAGUCGCGCUCUCUUUCGUAAGUCCGGAGACCUGGACCAGGGCUCCCAUGUCACCAGCUGUCUUUCGAGCAAAAGUGUCGAAUAGCGAGCUUCUGUUUACGCACCAGGACAGUGCUGAGGCCGUCAAGGAGCUGCAGGAACGUGUGUUCAUGGAGAAGGCGGUGGAGACUGUGAGGCUGCAGAUGUCCGUCUUGCCCUUUCGCGAAUUUCCAAUCCUCGCUGGCGCGCUGCCGCUUUACAAGAAGCUGAAGGUCUUGCGGAUAAGCAACAGCCAGGUUGACUGUCAGGGUGCAGAGGCCUUAUCCACCGUGUUGACAAUGUCAGAGCUUCAUUUCAACAAGAUUCGCAUCACCGCGGACGCAGUAUGUAAGCUAGCUUUGGGCUUGAAGGGCAACAGUGCCGUGUUGAAGGUGGCACUCACUGAAUGCCUGGUGGAUGAGGAAGGGGCCAAGCACCUCUCGGAUGCCUUGAUCCGCAACAAACGCUUGCGAAUACUGGACCUCAGCUCCAACUCCAUUGCAGAUGAAGGGGCAGCCAAGUUUGCUUCCCUCUUUGAGCCGAUGGUCUUGCAAUGGCUGAGUCUCAAUCACAACUGCUUCGGCUCAAAGGCGAUGGCCAUCUUGCAGACUGGGCGGAACAAGAGCUUGAGGAGACAUGGCGAGGUCAAGCUCCGGGUCCAAUGCGAAGGCGGCCCCUCCCUGCGGAUUUUGGAAGAGUAUGUCGCUGUGGCGUUCUUUCUUGAUAAUUUCCUGUUUGCGGUAUGCCAUUUAGCCUUACCUAUACUUGCCUUGAUUGAAUAUGACUCUUCGUCGGCUGGAGACUACGAGCUUCUACAGCUUUGGCUUACUGUCCCGAGCAUGCUGCUUGUGGCUGUCCCGCCUGUUGUCCUUAUGCUUAUCAUAGUCAUCAUUAUCUUGGAGGUCUUCUGCGGCCACAAAUUCAAAUGCACGGGUAGGUGGCGGCCAUUCCUAGAAUCAAUCUGGCCAAUGAUCUGCAUGUGCUACUCUGUAGUUUGGCUGCCUGCCGUGCAAGUGAUCACCUUCCUGGAGCGUCCGCCGAGCGACCAGCAGGGGUCUGUUGACAGCCCUCUUGGUGGUCCAGGCAGU